GACUAUAAAAACGAUGAAGUAGAAAUAACUUUCCACGUUUUGUACUGAUUCAAAAGUAGCCAUGAAUUUUUUAAUAACCGUUGCGCUGUUUUGCUGUUUGUCAGCUUCUGUCCUUGCCCCUCCACCUCCACCUCCAGGAGGUCCUCAUGGGGGACCUCCACAUGGCGGUCCUCAUGGGGGACCUCCACAUGGGCCUCAUGGUGGACCUCCACAUGGUGGUCCUCAUGGUCAUAAAUCUCUUUAUGACAUGUUUCCAGCUUGUGAAACUAUGGCAGAAUCUAUGAGAGCAAAGAAUCGCGAAUUAAAAGAAAAUGGGGAAAUAGGUCAUAGGAAUUGCAAAGAAGAAGAUCCCAAGGUUUGCAAGUUGCGUGAUAUGGAGAAAGUGCGAUGCGCUAUGACUGACGAGCCUUCACAGGAAUGCACAGAUGAAAUUUUAGCAUACAUACAGGGAGACAUCUGCAAUGAAGACGGGGCAGAAACCGAUGAUUAGCAACUCGAACAGGAAAUUCAAACAUGAAUCAGCCUUUUUUGGUGUUUAAUUUAUAAUAAAUAUAAUAUUUGAAUUGA